AUGGAUUCACAAACCUUCAUUCAUCUCUCAACCAUCCUCCAGUCCCAGAAUCUGACGGGGUUCGCACUAGCAUCACUAGUGGCUUCUUGGGUCUACGAUUGUUUCCUGACCUUGGACCAGGAGGUAUCUUUGAUUCAUUGGCCACGGUGGAGGAAAGGAAGUAUUCUUUAUAUCAUGACGAGAUACAUGCCAGCCUUGAUGUUCUCUGUACAAUUAUGCACUAAUCAGGAUACUGAAGUGAACUAUCUCCCGAGUGGAGAUUUUGUGACUUGCAAAAUUCUACAGUCAAUGUGGUAUUGUGCUGCUGCAUUGUGCAUGGCUGGUGCAGAAGGUAUCUUCAUCCUUCGGACCUAUGCAUUAUGGGGACAAAAGAAAUCCAUUCUGGGCCUUAUGUUGUCAACGGUAUUCUGCCUGGCGAUCCUGAACGUAGUAAUAGCACUGAAGGUUUGGAACCAGUCGGGACGUCGACCACAGACCAACUAUCAGACAUAA